AUAAAGUAAAUAAUCGAAGUGCCAUAUACAACAGGCAGGAAGCCAAAUGUAUGCGAGAUCGGACACAAGAAUGAAAUGAAAAUAGCAAAAUGGAGUCGCGAAGUUACGCUAAAUAUAGAUGGGCGGGCGGAGUGCGAGCUUGGACGUGGUCGGCUCACAGUGAGCGCGCGCGGCGCGACCUCGCUUUGUUUGGAGCAACAUAUCUAGAUCUUUGUAUUAUUUCUUUAUUAUGAGAACCAUUUCUAAUAGCUUAUUUAUUUCAUAACAUCGACUGACAUGUUUGCAUUUCAUAAUCGAAAUCGCGGUUAUCUUAGCUGUAAUGAUUGUAGGCAGUGAAUUUAAUUCCCGAAGAGUAGCCUAUUUACGACGUGUGUGCGCAAAUCGAGGCCAAAUGUUCUAGUUUUUGUUGUCAAUUUUGUAGCCGCGCCUUUAUAUUUCACCUUAGGUGAUGAGUGGUGAAGUGGAAUCGGAGGCACAACGCCCUCGUCCGCUAUCUGGAGGGCUUUGGACAAUUUUUUCCUGGCUUCGCCGUGAAGAACACACCUCGUCUAGCGACAGUUUGUCUAGUGCUGGUUCUGAUCGAACUGUCGCUAGUUUCGCGUUCCUUUCACCAGCACAUUACCGGACUGCUACCACACCUGUUAUUCUUCCACCACCAGGACCGCCUACCGAUUCUUAUAAAAAAAGAGUACGCGAAAUAAAUAUUAGAAGACAGAACGACCGCGAUUUGACGUUACAUCGCAAGUACGGGCUUCAUAGAGGUGAAGGUAGUACUUACGACGCUUUUAGCUUACCACCACCACGUCGUUACGCUUUAAAUUCCAUUGAAAAACACGAUCGAGAUAGGAGAGCGACAAGUGAAUUACUACAAUUGCGUGCUGCAUAUGUUCCUGGCAAACGUCGUGCUCCGGCGCCCCCAGUGUGUAUAUCUCCAGUCGCAAUCUCAUCGUUGGUACGACGUCCUACAAGAAAACGACCAGCUCCUCAACCUCCUACGAAAUUCAUAGACAGUGGUAAACAAAAUUGCAAAAUUCAUACUCAAAUGAACUCGCAAGUUGAGUGUAGUCAAAAUACAUUACCGGGUGAAAUUUCGAUGGAUUGUAAACCAGAAAAAUAUAUUAGGAAAGAUGCAAAUUCUAAAGAAAACAAAACAAAACAAGAGAAGAGUUUUUUGAAACAAAUAUUUGACAAUAGAAAAAGAAAUUCUGCGAUAGAUAUAUCUGCUAUUAAAAUAUUACCGAGCAUCAGUGAACUAGAUAAACAAGCUGCUGAAAUAAUAGAAUCCUCUAAAAGAAAAGAUGUGGAGGGUAAUAGGAACCUUGCUAUAACAAGAUUUAUUAACGAUUGUCACAAUUUAGAUUCUAAUGAUACCUGGUUGUGUAUUACAUGUUCAAGAAAGUAUAAUAAAUCUGUUACUAAUUGUCGAUAUUGUUUAUCAAAACAGAAAGAUAACUUUAGUGACAUCAAAAAUAAAAAUGAUUCUAUUCAUACUCAAACAGAAAACGAAUUAAUGAAUGUACCUUCUACUAGUCGAUUAUGCGCAAAUGACGAAAAACAGAAACUUAGAGAAAUGUUGAAAGAAAUGAAAGAUUCCCUUCCCAAAAGGCCUAAACAUGAUAAUAUUGGUGAAAUCAAAAAGACUAAUGCUCAUCAUCAAAAAACAACGCGUGAAGACCCUUCUUCUGAAGACAAACUGAAGGUUACAGAAUCUCCUACACUACGAAUAGGGUCCACAUUACUCGAACAAGAUAAUCAUAUUAUAGAAUCAUCAAAAGAAAUUUUGUAUCCUAAAAACCAGAAUGAUAAUAAAAAAAACAUAUUCAGUAAUCCGAAAGAUCAGGAGGACACGAAUGCAAAAUCUCAUAAUUCAAUCCAAAUUAAAGAAACUAUUCCAAAAAUUCAUAUUGGUAUAGAAAAUUAUUUAAAAAGCAAUAAUUUGGAAGUCAAUGUUAAUGGUAAUAGACCUGAUAAUAUUAAUACACCUUUAAGAAUAUCAUCAUUGUUAAAUCCUGUAUAUAUUCCAAAAAGUUCUGAAAUUACAAAGGAACAGUUUAAAAAAAAUUUUUCGAAUGGAACCUUACUCAAACUGCAAUUAAAGAAAAGACCAUCUCUUGAGGAUAAGACAAUAACUACUAAUAUAGGUAAUAGUAUAAUUUCGACUACACAGGGAUCUAUAGAACCAUCAACUUCAAAUAGUAAAUCAAAUUCUGAGGAAAAGAUAUUAAGUACAAAUAAAAUAUCUACGGUAUUACUCAGUGCUAGUUCAGGCACACCUUCAACAUCAUCUUCAACUGGUCAAAAAAUAUUAUCUCAUUAUGAAAAAUCAGUUACCAACGAAGAAAUUAAUAAUCACUCUGCAAAAAAUAACUUAUCCAAAGAAAAUACAAAAAAUAAAUUGCAAGUAUUGCAACCCAAUGUUCACUCGACAGUGCCGGAAGAUCAGAUUAAUGAAACUGGUUUUACUAAAUUCAAACCUACUUUGUUAAAUAAUGAAGAUGCAUCCAUCUCUAAUGUAGAUAAAAUAAACCAGCAUACUAGGCGAAGAGAUUUGGUAAAUCAACUUGAACAAUCUAUUGCUAAAGGCGAUGAACAUGCGGCAGCUCAGGCUGCAAUUAAAUUAGCUCAGUUACGGCUUUCAUGUUCAGUGUUAUCUUUUUCGUCACAAAUUCUUGGUGAAGCAUCGACAUCGUUGUCUAACGAAUCAGUAGAUAAAACAAAGAUAGAUAAUAAAUCUUGCAAACCAGUGAUUAAACAAACUUCCGUUAAGAAAAUCAUUGAUCAACCUUUGACGAAAUCGGUAAACUCUGGAACUCAAACCCUACUUGCAGCUACAAAAGAAAAUUCAAAUGUAAUUAAUGUGCAAAAGACAAAUAAAAAGCCUAUUCGAAAACAAAAUUCAAGAGAACAUCAAGAAAACAAUGAAUUAAAAGAUUCUUCUGUUCACAAUGAUGAAAGUUCAAGUUUAUCCCAAAAAUGUAAUGAUCAAGCAUCUACAUCAAAAAAAAUUGAGCACGAUCCAAGUCAAAAUGAUAUAGUUACGAUAUCAGUAUGGGUCGAAGACAAAGAAGCUGCUCGUGGUCCCGUCCAAUUGCGCAUUAGUCGACAGGCUCGAUUGGGCCAUUUACGACGUCGAGCAGAAACGUCUUUAGGAAUUGCAAGUCGGCUGCAGCGUUGGAUCAUUGGCCGCACACUCUGCACAGAUGACAACACUCAUCUCAUGUCAUUAGCGGGUCCGAAUCUUAAUGCACCGUUUUAUUUAUGUUUAGUUGAAUGCGAAAUCGAGACGAAUACUGGCACAUCAAAUGGAGUUAUAAUAUCGCAAAACCAGCACGAAAACGAUGAUAAUAAAAAAAAGAGUGGCGAGGUGUAUACAGAGUUAGUAAAAUUAGAACGGGAAGCACUCGUUCCAAAUGCCGAAUCAUUUCAAUGCGAAGUGUGUAUGGAAGAAUGUAUGGCUGGUAGAGGUGCCGUACUAAGAGAGUGUAUUCACACAUUCUGCCGGGAUUGUUUAAGCGAUCUAAUACGCCAUUGUGAAGAGCCAGCAGUUUUAUGUCCCGCCACGAAUUGUCCUGGAAUAUUACAUGAACGUGAAAUCCGUGCCCUCGUAGCACCUGACGAAUACGAGCGAUGGUUGGCACGUGGAUUAGCCACUGCAGAAAGCAGGACACGGAAUGCCUUUCAUUGCCGUACUCAUGAUUGUACAGGUUGGGCAUAUUGCGAACCAGGUGUACAGAGAUUUCCCUGUCCAGUCUGCAAAAGCAAUAACUGUGUACCGUGCCAAGCUAUACAUGAGGGUGAAACGUGUGAGCAGUAUCGCACUAAAUUACAAAAAGCAGUAGGCGGAAACAAAGCUAACCAAACGGAUGAAGGAACACGUGCAUUACUAGAUAGCUUGAUAUCGCGUGGAGAAGCACUGGAAUGUCCCGAAUGUAGUGCCAUUAUUACAAAGAAGUGGGGCUGUGAUUGGGUAAAAUGUUCCGCAUGUAAAACAGAGAUAUGUUGGGUUACUCGUGGUCGACGUUGGGGCCCGGGUGGUAAAGGAGACACCAGCGAAGGUUGCCGCUGCGGAAUUGAUGGCAAAAAAUGCCAUCCGUCAUGCGGAUAUUGCCAUUAAUCAUUUGUUUAAUGAUUUUAUGAAUAAUACAUAUUGUUUAUUGUGUUCUUGACAAUUUAUAAUACAUAUACUAUGAAUAUCUAUCCACUGCCACUAUUGCUUUGCAUUUGAGACCUUAAGAUGUUAAUAUUUAAUGCCUCUCCCUCCGGUCAUACCCCCACUAAAUCCUACAGCAUAGACAGUAACUUCUGAAAAUAUGUGUAAAUCCAUAAACAUAGACUGAUAAAAAGAAAUAAAUGGUUAAAAUAAAUUUUAAUACAUUCACACAAAGUAUAACACAAAAUGUUUCUACAUAAAUAGUCAUUAUGCCUGUAUGCUAAAUAAGGAAUGCAUAUCUAUUCAUCUCCGUAGUUGAAGGAAUCAGUUUAUCUUACUAAUAUUAUAAACGAAGAUGUGACUUGUUUGUUUGUUUCACCCAAACCUACUGAAUGGAUUUUAAUGAAACUUAGCUUAUACCUCAAAAUAAAUCAGGCUAUAAAUUUUACAUGGGUGAAACUGCAGGCACAUCUAGUCUAUACAUAUAAAUAAAAUUGGAGUGUCUGUUUGUAAUAUCGAAAUAACCAGUUUUUACUAC